AUGAAGGUAAGUGUGGAGAUAAUAACGGGGACAUUUAUACAUGCUGAGGUGAAUGAGAAUGCGACGGUGAAGGAAUUAAAGGAGAAGAUUGCAACGGAGGUGAAACUAUCUGUGAAGCGUUUGAUACUUGUGGUCGGGGAUGGAGAGGAGAUUAGAAGAAUGGUUAAGGAUGAUGAAGACGAAAUGAAGUUGAUGGAUUUAGGAGUAAAAGAAGAUUCUCAUAUGUAUUUGUUCUUUAAGCAUCCUGAUUUGGUUUACAAGGAAGAGAGAUCACAAGGAAGAGUAGAUGAUGCAUCUGUAGAGGAGGUUUCAUCGGAAGCAGAGAGUAAAAGAGAAAACAAAGAAGAAAAUGAAGAGGCAAAGGGUGAAGAAGAAGAUAUAGCGAUGAAGAAUGGUGAAGAAGAUAGAGAUGUCAAAGUAGAAGAGAAGAAGAAUGGAGAAGAAGCAAAGGAUGAUUAUAACGUUGAAGAUGGAAAAGAGAAAACAAGAGAAGGAGAGAAUGAAAUGGAUAUAGUUUCUUGA